CGAACAUUAACGUCAGGAGCAACAUUCAGGACAUCAGGAGAGAACAUCAAAAUGGCCUGUCUGGAUGAACCGUGGAGGAAGCAGAUCUUGAGGGAUUUGAAAGAACGAGACAACAAUCAAUAUGAUGUCUUUGCGCAACUCAUCAGAUCAUACAACCACUUUUUUGAUUGUUCAGAGAGUUACAGAGCCAUGAACAUUCGCUUGGAAGUUGAGAUGAAUAGAUUAAAACAUAGUUGUGGUGACGGAACAUCAUUAUCAUCACCUCAGUCCAUGGUAUCAUCAUCAGCAUCGUCGUCACAGGAGGCUGAAUUGUUGCAGUUGAAGGAGAAGUUGAGGCAAUGCAGAAAUGAAUUGCUGGAAGCAUACAGAUCUCAACAACAGGCUACUGUUCAGGUCAAUGAGCUGAACAAUACUAUCAAAGUUAAAAAUCAAGAAGCCAGCUCACUUACUGCCAAGCUAAAGGUUCUGGAGAAAAAAUGUGAGGAUCUGACUGAAGAAAAAGCAAACAUGGAGCAGAAUUUGCAUGAUCUGGAUGCUACCAAUCUGUUGUUGAGGGACGAGUUGACAGCCUUGCAGAUCGCCUACUCCUCUCUGGAGUCCACCUACAACAAGGUCAACAAGGAGAACACGCAACUGAUCAAUGAACUCGUUGAGAGGAAGAAGGAGAUUGCCGAAUUCCUCGAUCGGGAGAUGGAGAACGAUCGGAAGUUGAGGUCGAAGAAGAUGAAGGAACAGCUGGAGAAGGCAACCAAGGUCAACAUUGAAGGCCCUCUUCUGUCCCCUCACGAGAAGGUGUGUCUAUCCAGUAUGAUUCCUAAGAAUCCUCUGCAUGCUCAGGAAGUUCACGACAACGAGGUGAUGUGUGUGGCCUGGAAUGCAAACUGCAAGAUGUUUGCCACUGGAGGUGUCGACAGGAAGGUGAAGCUGUGGGAGAUUUCUGGCGGAAAAUAUGAAGCCAGGGGAACGUUGAUGGGAUGCAAUGCUGGAGUCACCAGCGUGAUCUUUGAACCUGAGGUUGGCCAUGUUGUUGUAGCGUUUCAUCGGAUCGGUUCUGAUGAAGCGAUAACAUUAGAUUUUCUACGAUCGACCUUGACGGGUCACAGUGGUUAUGUCUUGUCAGCGAAGUUCAUGAUGGAUUCGAACAGGGUGGUGUCGGGUGGCAAGGAUGGCAUCUUGAAGCUCUGGGACCUCAAGAGCAUCACAUGCAUCAAAUCAUUUUUUGUGGGCUCCAUGUGCACCGACCUGGUCACCCUGGACAGUUCAACGUUUAUCAGCGGUCACUUCGACAACCUGGUCAGGUUUUGGGAUAUCAAAUCUGACUCACCGAAGGAGUUGAAGUCUGUUGAGAUGUCAGACAAAAUCACCUCGCUUGACCUCUCGCCCGACAGGAAGCAUUUGUUGGUCAGCACGAAGGACAACGCCAUCCAUCUCAUUGAUGUCAGGAAAACAGCAAUCGUCAACAAUUUCCAAGCUCCUGGCUUCCUGACCCACAACUGCAACAAAGCCGUCUUCAGUCCCGAUGGCAACUUCAUAGGAGCGGGCUCUCUCAACGGGGGCAUCUUCAUUUGGGACGUCAACGAAAAUAAACUGAAUUCCACUGCCAAGGGUCAUACCGAUGCAGUGUACGCUGUGGCCUGGAGUCCCAAUGGAAGAAACUUCAUUUCCUGUGGCAAGAAUAAAUCCGUGGUGUCCUGGACGGAUAUCUAAUCUUCAGCUAAAGGCCGCAUAAUUUGAUAUGCAGAAAAAUUAUAUUUACACGCAUACUUAUCUAUGAUUUCAUCGGUGUUGAUAUUUUAUCUAACAGCGCUUGCUUCUAUUCGUCUUUAGUAUUACUACUUUCAUUUUGACCUAUGUACAGUGCAAUGACAAUUUCAAAAUCUUUAAUUUUAAUAGUGGAAUUUUAAUUACAACGACUCUUGCUCCGCCAAGUUUUUAUUGUUUUAUAUUUAUUGGUUUUCGUCUGUAAAUAAUUUAUUUUAUGAAAUUUACUUAUCAAAUGUUUCAGCUGAA